UGCCCCUAAAUUGAGCAUCUUUACAAAUGUUUAUUGCCUACCUCUUCCAUUGGCUAUUAACAAAGCAUUUGCAGCAAACAGCGGCAUAACAAGCUCUGGAGAUCUCACUCAGAUAGCGACCUCUCCGACCACCAUGAACCCAUCUGCAAACCAGGGCUAGAACUCAACAAGAAGGAGAUCACCACCUCAGCAGACCAGAUUGCCGAGGUGAAGACCAUGGAGAAUCACCCACCCAUACCUCCUGUCUUUGUGGAACAUGUCGUCCCACAAGAAGAAAAUCAGAAGGGCCUGUGUACCAAAGAAAGAAUGAUUUGCUUGGAGUUUACUUCAAGGGAAUUUCAUGCAGGACAGAUUGAAGAUGAAUUAAAUCUAAAUGACAUCAAUGGAUGCUCAUCAGGGUGUUGUCUCAAUGAAUCAAAAUUCCCUCUUGACAACUGCCAUGCAUCCAAAGCCUUAAUCCAACCUGGACAGGCCCCAGAAAUUGCCAACAAGUUCCCAGACUUAACAGUGGAAGAUUUGGAGACAGAUGCUCUGAAAGCAGAUGUGAACGUCCACUUACUGCCUUUGGAAGAAUUAACAUCUCGCCUGAAAGACAUUCCCAUGUCCCCUGAUCCUGAAUCACCGAGCCCCCAACCUAGUUGUCAGGCUGAAGUCUCAGAUUUCAGUACAGAUCGCAUUGAUUUUUUUAGCGCCCUAGAAAAGUUUGUAGAGCUUUCCCAAGAAACCCGGUCCCGAUCUUUUUCCCACUCAAGGAUGGAAGAACUGGGUGGAGGAAGGAGUGAGAGCUGUCGACUCUCAGUGGUAGAAGUAGCCCCUUCCGAAGGGACCGCUGAUGACCAGAGAAGCAGCUCUUUGAGUAAUACUCCCCAUGCAUCUGAAGAAUCUUCAAUAGAUGAGGAACAGUCAAAGGCAAUCUCAGAACUGGUCAGCCCAGACAUCUUCAUGCAAUCUCACUCAGAAAAUGCAAUUUCAGUCAAAGAAAUCAUUACUGAGAUUGAAUCCAUCAGUCAAGGAGUCGGACAGAUUCAACUGAAAGGAGACAUCUUAUCUAACCCAUGUCAUACACCAAAGAAGCACACCAUCCAUGAGCUGCCCCUUGAGAGGGCUCAGGCCCUGGAGAACAAACCUGGAAAUCUGGAGCAGAAUGAGGGUUCCUUCACAGCCCAGCCUGAACUAGCCAAAGACUCAGGGAAGUGGGACCUAGAAGGCUGCUUAACUAUACACUCAUCCACCACAGAGUUGGAAGAAGAGGAACCAGCUGAGGAGGAACAAGAGCUCUGGGGCCCAGGAAUGCCUCCAGGUGCCAAGUGGUACCCUGGGUCUGUGAGGCGAGCUACCUUGGAGUUUGAAGAGCGCUUGCGACAGGAGCAAGAGCACCAUGGUGCUGCCCCUGGUUGUACCUCAUUGUCCAUUCGCAAGAAUUCCAAGAAUGAUUCUGCUGUGGCAGACCUAGCACCAAAAGGAAAGAGUGAUGAAGCUACCCUUGAACAUUCUUUUGUCCCUAAGGAAACAGAGAUUAGCAAGGGCAAAGGGAGGGGCAGUGGGUCCAAAGCUGGCUCCCUACCCCAUUCUGAGCAAGAUGCCAUUGUUCCAGCACCUGAGCUGCUGGAGUUUCAGGAGCGCCCAGGGUCAGAUACUAGUACAAAGCAGGGAGGAGUCCUGAAGGAGCAGAGGACUGUGGUUUCAUGCCAGGGAUCUGAGACACAGGCAGUCGCUCUUUCCCUUCCCAAAAAGGUGGAAAUCAUUGAGUAUACCCACACAGUUACAUCCCCCGAUCACCCUGGGCCAGGGAGUGGAAGAGCCACCAGCAAAAAGAGUGGGGAGCAAGGACUGAGGAAAGUGAAAGUGGAGGACUCCAUCACCAUCCUCUGUGCACUGGAUGAAAAUCUGAACAGGACUCUGGGCCCCGCCCAGGCUCACCCCAACGUGCUACCUCUGCCUCAUUCUUCCCCUCCUGAGCACGACGGUCCCACCGACCUGACCUCCACCCUGAGCAGCCCUGAAGCCUGGGACGACAGCCUCUUGACAGCCCCGGAGACAGGAGGGCCUUUUGUCAGUCACCCAACCCACGUCCCAUCUGCCAGCUUGGAUUCAGCACAUCCGCAGACUGUAGUUCACCUGGAAGGCUUCACAGAGCAAAGCAGCACCACAGACAAUGAGGCCUCUUCAGAGCGGGGGAGCUGGGAAGAAAGUCAGGAGGGCCCCUUUUCCAGUGGCAGUGAAGUACUGUCCAAGGACCCCCAGUUAACUAGUGAAGGCCUAAGCCAACUCAGUGACAAUAUUGGGGAGUUACAAGAAACACUGGACCCAUUACCUGUAGCCUGUCACCUCCCACAUAGCUCUAGUAGUGACAGUAUAAAGGGUCUCAGCCACAGCCCCAGCGUGGCGAAGGAGCGCACUAAAGAAAUCGAGUCCCGAGCGAUUUGCCAGGGAGGGCUCACCAAACCAUGCCAAAUGAGGCAUUCUGCUGCGCUCACCAAGUUAGGUUACUUGGACCUCUGUAAAGACUGUUUAUCGGAGAGAGAGCCUGUCUCCUCUGAUACCCCUCAUCUCAAACUGCUUCAGCCCUUCAUCAGAACAGACUCAGGCAUGCAUGCCAUGGAGGCCCAGGAGCCCUCAGAAAACCCAGAUGCCCCCCAGAACCUAGAGCCCACCAAGUAUUUUAUAGAGCAACUCAAAACAACAGAGUGUAUCGUGCAGAGCAAGCCAGUGGAGAAGCCCAUCGUACAGUAUGCCAAAGAAUUUGGUUACAGUCAGCAGUGUUUGCUCCCCAGGGCAGGACCCGAAUUGACUAAUUCUGAAGGAGGCCUUCCUUUGCCACAACCCCAGGGGCUGCAGUGUGCAGGCCCAGCUCCAGGGCUGGCUAUGACGCCCCGUCAGCAGCACGGCAGAACUCACCCCCUUAGGAGACUGAAAAAAGCAAAUGAUAAAAAACGGACAACCAACCCCUUCUAUAAUACCAUGUGAUUCUGAGCCUACACAUGUGACUUUCUGAAAGAGAUGUUUGUAAAAGGGGCAGGUGUAAUAUGUAAGGAACAUGCACUUUAUUGGUUAAUUUUAUAAUAUUUUGGUCAUUUUACUGUUCCUGGCGCAUGCAGGGUUUGGGGUUUUUUUUUCUCUGUGUAUGUGUGUGAGAGAGAGAGAUUGAUUUGGACAGCAAGACCAUUUUAGCAUUUUUUAUUUUUAGAAAAUUCAAACCUCAAAAAAUACUCAUUUUCAAAGAGCACCUUUAUCAAAGGCAAAUUGCUGUUUUUCAAUCAGCUCCCACCUGCUCCUCAUUUGCCCUUUGAGAAAAAGGCUGGAAAUCGGAAAUGCCCCCCGGGCCUGUGUGGUGAUGGUUUGGGCUUCAGACCUGAUGCAUGGGAUGGGGCUGAAGGACAGCCGCAAGUCUGCGUGCUCUCAGCCUUGGGCCCUGGCCCACUGAGAGUUCCCAAAGUGGGCAGGUUCUGCUUUGCUUUCAAAGGGGGGUCUUCCAGAAGCCAAUUCUUCUGCAUUCCUGAGUCCUGAGUCUGUCAUUAUCAAAAGGCAUGAUACUGGCUGGCUUUGUAAAUUUAUCAAGCAGAUAGUUUCCCCCCCUCCAAGCACAUAAUUUUUAAAUUAAAACCAAACCCCAAAUGAAAUCUUAAGAGAUCUGUGUAGAGGAAAGCAUAUGAGGAAGAGGAGGCAAAGUCUGCAGAGGCUGUGGCCCAGUAUCUUCCGGGUCAGUGGGCUCCACAUAGCCGGUCAUCCUGGCCCUCCCUGCCAGGAAGUGGGUUCUGCAACAUCCUUUCAACUAAAACAAUAGGGACAAGUUUGAAAAACAGCAAUUGAAAGUCAGUGUGUUCUUGUAAAAUGAAUACGUACGUAGGGUUUUAACACUUCCAUUACUUGAAUAAUUCUGUGGGCCUUCUGAGUUUAAUGGCCGUAUUUUUUUCCUAUUUACUUUCCUCCCUCAUGCUGUUGCUCCCAGUGCUGCCCUUUUUUUAAAUUUCAUAGAUGAUAUUUGAACUGUUACAUUACUUAUGUAUAACCUCCGUUGAAUGCAAAGUUUUCUUACCAAUGUUAACACUUGACAUGGGAUUUUUUUUCUGUUCCUGGAAGAUUUGUCAUUUCUCGAGUUUAUACACAGUAUUUAUGUACAUAAUGUCACUUUCUUACAGUGUUUUGUUGAUGUCGUCGUAGGAUCUUUUUGAUUUAAUCUUUUUAAGAAGGAGUAAAGCUGCAACUGGAGAAAACACACAGACACCACAGAAAUAAAACUGAUAGGUGCUGGUAGGAAUCUGCAGAGUAUAUUGAUGGUAGUUUUAAUUGUUUAAAUGGAGACUUCUGAUCGCCAGCCCCUGCCAAAGUAUGUGUUAGUAACUUCUUCCUCAGAGAAACCCCUAAAGGCUCCCAUUAGAUCACAGUUAGACUGAAAGCUGAUUUCUCUUUGAGACUGAAAUCCCAGAGCGGAUUGUUUGCCAGGAGCUGAACCACAGCCAGGGAGUAUAUGUGAGUGUGACUGCUGCCCCGGGGGGAAGCUUCUCAUGGAUUGGGCUGAAGCGUUCAUCAGUAGGAAGGCCCCCGCCAAGGGCAGGCACCCAUUGUGACUCCAUUUAGGAUGCUUUGGCUUUGCUGCUAUUAUGGAGAUCCUUAACACGGGAGCGCUUGCCAUAAAAAGCCUAUUUGGGCUUCUUACAGAAAACGUUUAGCCUGGAAUGAGAUACCUUCUGCAGCUCAUCAAAACUGAGGAGAUUUGCACAUUUGCUUCCUGUUUGCUUUGGUUGAUGUCCACGUUGCUGAGAGAUUGACCAAGUACAGACUUGGGCUUUGGUUUUUGGCUCAUCACGGACGGCACUGAGAGGAAAAGACAGAUGCCCAGUGCAGACUGUCAGAGGGAUGUCAGAGGCCAGAGUUUGGUAGGUGCAGAUAGUGGGGUGACCUCCAGGAGAGAGAAAAGGUGGACUGAAGCCAUUCAUAGGUGCUCCAGGGGAGCUGUGAAUCCAGUUGCUGUGCAGGAGGUGGAUUGGACAGAAACCUCCUGCUCUAAGUGUCUUUUAUGAUAUAGUAAUUAUAUGUACCUGUGUAGUCCUUAAACAGUUUCCUUAAAUGUUCAAAUGUAUCCUCCACACGGCUUUGUGGUUCCUGGAUGUUUAAUGUGUUGUAAAGUGUUUCUGUUAGGUGGUGUGUACCAGUGUGAGGAGGCUUGCAAGACAGGGUUAUGAAUUUCCAGGGCUCAUCCAUCUAAACAGCCCUGUUGAGGCAGUUCCGCCACCACCAGUAUGAUAGGGAAAGGACAGGAAGUUGGGGCAGGGGCAGGGAGAGAAGGAUUUGCACGGAGGUGAAGAGAGUGGUGUCCCCUCAUUAAUCCUUUGAGAUGGUGACAUCCCUCACAUUGAGAAGUACAAGCAGGAUCAACAGUAUUGCACUGUUCUCUCUGCUCCCCUGCAACUGUGGUUACUGCUCACUAUCCCUGCAUUAAGUAACAACAGAGGUGGGGAGGAGAUCCUCUAAUGCUGUGAAGAAAACUUUUCUUUAAAGAAAAAGGAAAUAUUCUUGCUCUGUCUUCCUUUUUUUAAAUGACAUUCUUGGUUAUCAUGUAAUUUACCUGCCUCAAUAAACAUCCUCCGUUUGGGGUUUGUAAUUCAACCAUGCCAUGGGGUUUUGCCAGCCUCUCAAACCCCCACAACUGAGUGUUCUUGUGUUAUUUGCAUAGCUGAGCGAUGUCCAGGGGAAGUACAUGAUGAGCCAUCAAGGACUUCUCAGACUUUCUUGUCUUCAGACUUUUUGAUAAUCUCAGGUGGCCUAUUUCCCUUUUCUGUUCAUGGAAAACUCAGACCCAGAACAGCAGGUCUGGUAGGUUGACAGAAAUGAGUAGGAAAAGUCUUGACCUCUUGUUCAGUGCCUCUCUUUAUCCUUAUUUUGAAAACCCCCAUAGUCUGACUGUCAGUUACUCUGGAGGAGAGAGAGAAAGAAAGAGCGCGCGUGCGUGUGUGUGUGUGUGUGUGUGUGUGUGUGUGUGUGCGCGCGCAUGCGCACACACCUGUGCAAAAAUAUUUUAAAAAGUAACAUUUUGGUGCAUGGGGUAGAAGCCCCAGGAGCACGCAACUUUUGAGCUGUAAUCUGGAGGGUUACCAGUCAGUAGGAAGGAGAGAAACUUCAACCAUUUCCUGAUUUUAGAAACACUUAGGAGUAGUAUAUACUAGAGUAGACCUAUAGUACUGUACUAUAGUAAUCUUCAUCUCUCCUCAUUUUGGUUGCCUUUCAGAGUCUUAAUGUUUGGGAUCAUUCUUAGCACCCCAGUUUCUCCAGGCUCUUUAUCUAGCAUUUUCCUCGUUCUGUACCUUUAUCCCAACUCUUUCUCAUUUGGGAAACUACCAAGAGCUCCAAGGACAACCUGAGAAUGACAGCCCAGGCUCUGAGGUCCCCUCUGGCUCAAGGGCCCCAGAUAGAUACUUUUGGAUAGACCUGAAGUUUCUCAGACAUAGCAGCUCAUAAAAAUCUUCACCUGUUCCAUCUGAGGAUUUCAGUUUUAAAGUGAUCUAGGCAUGUUUGGUAGAGAUGUUUCUGUGGGAGUUUUUUUUCUUUUAAGAAAGAAAGCAUUAUGCAAAGAGGGUCACUUUUAAGGGCAUUUAAAAUUUUUUAAAUAAAGCCAUUCUUUGGCUCUUUUUGACAACUAUUUGUGGAUACUUUGUUUACAUUGUAAUAAUUAAAACAUGCAUCCUCUUGACAGCCACUCAGUCCCCUCCUCCAGGCACCUGGCCCUGGCUGUCCUUUGGAGUCCUCACGCAGAGCAAGGCUGUGGUGGUCAGCCCUUACUCAAAGGGAGCUGGGGAGGACCUGGACCUGACUUCCAUCUGUGUCCUGCACUCCCGUUCAACACUGUGUGUGGAAAUAGCCCUUUCCUCAGUCAGUGAUGGUGUGUCUUAACAGUGAUGGUUAUAACGGUGAAUGGCUAGUGUCAUUUUUGUCUAAAGUUUGUUUUGCUUUUUGAUGGUAGAUGAAAUUUUAGCUCUUUCAGCACCAAUCCAACUUGAAAGGUAUCUUGGACUUUGUUUUCCCUUCCAGACUAAAAGAUCAAGGCAUGUAUUAGGCAUAAAUGUAUUUGCUGCCUCAACUCAUCUGACACCCAUAUUAGGAAAAAGCCUGCCACCAAAGCAGGAAACUGCACACUCCUAACCCCUGUCCCAGGGCUUUGGGGUCCCUUGAUGCCGCGGAGAGCUAUUGCAAGGUGCUUGUGUACUUGUCCAGCCUGGAAGUGGAGGGUGACUGGGCCUGGCUCCUGCUAUGAAAACAAAACCAGCCUCAUUUUCUCAGUGCCCCAGAGAUCUAGGACAGGAUUUCUAAACUGGAAUCAUCCCGCAUUGGCUGGAAGAUGCCUCAGAGGGUAUAUGACCAGUGCUGCCAUCUGGGUCCUCACAGCGACCCUGGUGGCAGCGUCAUCUGUACACCCGCAGAGCUAAUACCCAGGGCUUCAUUCAAGCUGAUGACCCAAUCUGGAAACGGGAACUGGCCCUGAAAUGAUUCUCAGUCAACAGGCCCACAGCGAAUUGUUUGGUUUUUGUGGGUUUGGUUUUGUUUUGUUUGGGUUUUGGUUUGCCUGGCAUAGCUUAAGGUGCCUUUUUUUUUUUUUUCCUUUUCUUUCUACUUUAUUUUGGAAUAUUUGUUCUGACUGUGAAAAACAAAUGCAAACGACUCUCCCACUGACUGUUACCUUUGCCCCAGGCCAGUCCGAACUUUUAUGCUCACAUUUUAACAAAUAAAGCAGGUGCUCCCUGGAAUCUCUGGGACCUUUUUGAGGCAUUUGAAGCAGAAUAUAAAGAGUGGUCUCAUCUCCUUCCUUAAUCUUCCUGGUGGUUGGGAUGUUCCACUUGUAUCAUAGAUUUUUUUUAUUACUGAUGUGCUCUGCUGUUUUUAAAUGUGAACUUGUGCGCAAAUGUGCAGAUUCAAUGUUCUUGUUACAGAUUAAAUAAAUUUUUAUUUUGAAGAUGA